CGCCCAGUCCGCGCCGGCCGCCGCCCGCGUCCCGCCAGCAGCUCUCCGACGGGCAGCGCGCCCCCGCCGCGGCCAUGGCGCAGGCUGGCGUCCUCGGCGAGGUGACCCAGGUGCUGUGCGCGGCCGGGGGCGCCUUGGAGCUGGAGGAGCUGCGGCGCCGCUUGCGGGAGGGCGUCGGCAACGACGCGCUGGAGCGGCUGCUGCGGGACCGCGGCCGCUUCGCGGUGGCAGCGAGGGCGGGCGGCGCGGCGGCCUCCGCGCAGCGCGUCGUGGUGGCCGUCUCGGCGCUGCGCCUGUGCCGCGCGUACCAGAGCCCCAAGCCGGGCUGCGUGGGGCUGUGCGCUCAGCUGCACCUCUGCAAGUUCUUGGUCUACGGGGCCUGCAAGUUCAUGAGGGCCGGGAAGAACUGUAGAAACAGUCACAGCUUGACGACAGAUCACAACCUGAGUGUGCUGAGAACUCACGGUGUUGACCACCUCAGCUACAGUGAGCUCUGCCAGCUUUUGUUUCAGAAUGACCCCUGGCUUUUGCCAGAGAUCUGCCUUCAUUACAACAAAGGAGAUGGACCCUACGGCUCUUGUUCCUUUCAAAAGCAGUGUAUCAAACUCCAUAUCUGCCAGUAUUUUUUACAGGGUGAAUGCAAGUUUGGCACUGGCUGUAAGAGAUCUCAUGAUAUCUCUAAUUCUGAGAAUCUGGAGAAACUGGAGAAGUUGGGCAUGAACUCCGAUCUGGUGAACAGGCUGCCUUCCAUAUACAGAAAUGCUCACGACAUCAAGAAUAGGAGCUCCACCUCCAGCAGAGGGCACCCUCCUCCUCCAGGCCCACAGGCCACUUCUGAAAGAAGAGAUAGUUCAGGUUGUGUAUCCCCAAACAAUGCUAACCAGGAGGAGAAUGAUCAGAUCUGCUUGUACCACAUCCGGAAAAGUUGUAGCUUUCAAGAUAAGUGCAAUAAAGUUCAUUUCCAUUUGCCAUAUCGAUGGCAGUUCUUGGACAGAGGCAAAUGGAAGGAUUUGGACAAAAUGGAGCUUAUUGAAGAGGCAUAUAGCAAUCCCAGAAAAGACAGGAUCCUCUGUGCCGAGUCAGCCAGCAACUUUCACUUUGAUUGUCUAGACUUUGACUCCAUGAUGUUUGGUGCUGCCCCAGCCCGACGCCUCUCCACAGCCUCCUCGGUUACUAAACCUCCACACUUCAUCCUCACCACUGACUGGGUUUGGUACUGGACUGAUGAGUUUGGUUCUUGGCAGGAGUAUGGAAGACAAGGCAUGGAGCACCCCGUGACCACCGUCUGCAGCAGCGAUUUGGAGAAGGCCUACCUGGCAUACUGUGCACCUGGGUCUGAUGCCCAGGCAGCCAUUCUGAAGUUCCAGGCUGGAAAGCACAACUAUGAGUUAGAUUUCAAAGCCUUUGUUCAGAAAAACCUGGUCUAUGGCACGGUCAGAAGGGUUUGCCGGAGACCCAAAUACGUGUCUCCCCAGGAGGUGAAGGUGAAGCAAACCUGCAGUGUCAAGUUUCAAGGCCCAAAGAGCAUCCCAGACCAUUGGGACCCCUCGGCCCUGCCAGACCCUGGCUUCAAGAAGAUUGCCCUCAGUUCUGCAUCGGAUGAGUAUCAGAAGGUCUGGAACCUCUUUAACCGCACACUGCCUUUCUACUUUGUUCAGAAGAUCGAGCGAGUCCAAAAUCUGGCCCUCUGGGAAGUCUACCAGUGGCAAAAAGGGCAGAUGCAGAAGAGAAAUGGAGGGAAGGUGGUAGAUGAGAGGCAGCUGUUCCAUGGCACCAGUGCCAGUUUCGUUGAUGCCAUCUGCCAGCAGAACUUUGACUGGAGGGUCUGUGGUCUUCAUGGUACUUCUUACGGCAAAGGGAGCUACUUUGCCCGCGACGCCGCAUAUUCCCACCACUACAGCAAAUCUGACACCAAGUCCCACACGAUGUUCCUGGCCCGGGUGCUGGUCGGGGAGUUCGUCCGAGGCAGCCCCUCCUUCGUCCGCCCCCCGGCCAAGGAAGGCCACGGCAACGUCUUCUAUGACAGCUGCGUGAACAGCAUGUCCGACCCCUCCAUCUUCGUGAUCUUCGAGAAGCACCAGAUCUACCCUGAGUACAUCAUCCAGUACACCAGCUCCACCAAGCCCGUGGCGGGGGUCUCCACCCUCUUCUCCUUAGCAUCUUUCUUUGGCGGCCGGCAGUGAGCAUGCGGUGAUGCUUUUAGUGCCUUUCAGGCUUCUUGUCCUUGGAGUAGCUGUUUGGGAAAGUUUUCUUCUUUUUUUCUUUUAACAGAAAACUUUUUAAUGAACUGUUCAUUUAACAUUGACUUCCUGAUGAAGUUACAUUCUUAAUCUCUCACUGAUGAUAGUUUUUAGUUUUAAGCCACUUUUGGGCUCAUUAGUAAAUUAACCAGAAGUGACUGUAGGUGACUGUAUUACUUUUUAGUAGUGUGUUAAAAUUUUAUUAUUUACACUCUGUUGACUUGGCAGCUGAUGGGCACCAGGCACAGAGUUUCUAGAUACUAUUUUAUGGAUUGAUUUUAGAUUUAAGUUGCUUUCUCUGCAGUGAGUGGUUUGGUUUUUCAGGGUCUCAGUGGCAUCUCAUUUAAUUUUUUGUCAGAAUGACACAGUAGCCAUCGGUACAGCUGGCAGUCACUGUGUCUGUGGCUCUGGCUCUGAUCCAGGCAGCUCUUCUCCUGGGCUUCUGGCCUUGGAAUGGCCCGUAUAUCACAGGGUUAGAGCAAGUGGCUACUGUGUGGUGUCACCGCAGUCCUGUCAGUUGCCCUGUGUCCUGGCAGGGUCAGCAUCCCUCAGAGGAAGCGCUUUAAUCCUGGCAGGUGACACGGUCCCCCCAAGGGCCCCAGGCUCUGCCCACCAACACCCGUUGCCGCAUCUCCUGAGUACACUGGACACCCUCCAGAUGUGGGUUUUAUGUUCCUGUGAGAUUGGAAUACCUGUGCUGCAAAUGUCACAACAGAGUAUGGAAAUAAAAAAUAUUUAUCUGAGGUGGGCAA